AGGAAGGGAUUCGGAGUAGUAAGACCCAGCCGGAAACCGGCGACGUGGGUGGGGCUUGGGGCUAGUUACGCCUGCGCAGAGCGCAACCGGCGGACUGCGUAGUUACUUUUGAACAGGGUGGCGGGGAAUAGCUGUAGAAGCUGUUCGGGCGCCGUCUGCGGUGAGGUUGAGAGUGUUCUCCGUUCGAUCUAGUGAUGGCACAGCAGCUCGCUCGAGAGCAAGGCAUCACCCUGCGUGGGAGCGCAGAAAUCGUGGCCGAGUUUUUUUCAUUUGGCAUCAACAGCAUUUUGUAUCAGCGUGGCAUUUAUCCGUCGGAAACCUUUACUCGAGUGCAGAAAUAUGGACUCACCUUGCUUGUAACUACUGACCCCGAGCUCAUAAAGUAUCUCAAUAAUGUGGUGGAGCAGCUGAAAGAGUGGCUGUUCAAGUGCUCAGUUCAGAAACUGGUGGUGGUCAUCUCAAACAUUGAAAGUGGUGAGGUCCUUGAAAGAUGGCAGUUUGAUAUUGAGUGUGACAAAACUGCAAAAGAGGAAGGUGUUCGUAGAGAAAAGUCCCAGAAAGCCAUACAGGAUGAAAUCCGUUCAGUGAUCAGACAGAUUACAGCUACUGUGACAUUUCUGCCACUGUUGGAAGUUUCUUGUUCAUUCGAUCUGCUGAUUUACACUGACAAAGAUUUGGUGGUACCUGAAAAGUGGGAAGAAUCUGGACCCCAGUUCAUUACCAAUUCUGAAGAAGUCCGUCUACGCUCAUUUACAACCACAAUCCACAAAGUGAAUAGUAUGGUGGCCUACAAAACCCCUGUCAAUGACUGAGGAGAUGGUGAGAAAAAAAAUGGAAUUGUCAUUCUCAAGUGUGUCUUCCAGAAACUAAGUCAAAUAUAGUUGAUACAUUUACUUGUUUAAUUUUCAGGUGAAGAAAACCAAGAUCUGACAUUGAUAAAUGUGUCUUAUUCCAUUUCUUGGGUUUUUCCCGGACUUGCCAAAGUCAACAAGAGUGCUGCACACACUAAGGGAAACCAACAGAUUUUGUUAGUAUUGUGGAAUGAAUUCCUUUAAAAAUGGUCAUUGUACAUAGAAAAACUUCUGUUAAAACACUAAAUAUUUCCCCUAACAAUUUAGCUCGACCAGACUAUAAAGAAGCAUUUAAAUAUAAAUACAGCAGAAGGUAUCAAAGCAUUUUUUAGUUCUGAGAAUUAGUCAUGAAUGCUGCCAGUCUGGAUCCAGGGAGAGAGGCAGGGAGGACAGCUUUACUAUUGAAAAGCUCUGUACUUUACUCUCAUUCCCAACAGGUUCAUUUGAUCUGCUGAUUUACACUGAUAAAGAUUUGGUGGUACCUGAAACAUGGGAAGAAUCAGGACCCCAGUUUAUUUCCAGUUCGGAAGAAGUCCGUCUGUGCUCAUUUACAACCACAAUCCACAAAGUGAAUAGUUUGGUGGUCUACAAAACCCCAUAAAUAACUGAAGAGGCAGUGCACAAACCAUCCCCCAUCAUAUUAUACCUUCUGUUGUAUUUAUAUUUAGAUGCUUUAUAUCUUCGUCAAGAUUCUUCUAAGCUAAAUUAUUAGGCAAAGUAUUUAGCUUUUUAACAGAAAUUUUUCUAUCUACAGUGACCAUUUUAAAGGAAUUCAUUCCACAAUGAAUCUGUUGGUUCUCCUUAAUAAUAUGUAGCACUCUUGUUGAUUCUAUGGUAAGUCAGGAGGAACCCAAGAAAUACAACAAUAAGACACAUUUCUCUUUAGAUAGACCCCAUAUUGAAAUACAUGUUAAUUAUUUGAUUUUGGUGUAUAUAUCUUGAGCUCACAAAGCAGUUGCUACUGUUUAAUUUCUGUAAUAAAGAACUCUUACUUUAAUGUUUUAUAAAAAUUAAGCUUUGAAUGAUCGUGAAACAGAAAAUUAACCCUUGUGUUUUCAAUUUGUGUUAUAGUAUCUUUGGUAUUUGGUUUGGUGUUAAUACAGUCAGAUACUUCAAUGGAUUGAGUGCAUGGAUUGUGUUCAUUUUGAUUAUGGGGUGGGGAUGGUUUAGUACACUGUAAAUUCAGAUGCUGAUUGCUGUGCUCAAAGAUCUAGUUGCAAUCCAAUGUUGGCGGUUGCAGUCCUGAUGCUGCUGAUGUCAUGAUAGUAGGCCAGGCCAGCAUAGACGGGUUACAGUACAUGAGAACACUGCCCAGUUAUAGUGCAAGAAGCUUGUAAUAAAAAUACCAUAUCACUGUAUCAGUUAUUUGGGAACAAGGGUGGUAUAGAAAAGCCUCCAAAAUUACUUUUACAUUUGGUACCGCUUUAUUAACCAAUCAGAGGUGAUGGAAAACGAUCUUUACACAUCAUUGAGAUAGUUGAUGCUCCAAAUACCAUGACAGUGCCAGCUUCCAGACUGCAACCAGAUCUCAGCACAGCACACAGUCCACAAAACCAUCCCCUAACAACUAGGUACUACCUUCUUCAUCACAACAUUGCAGUUAGUGUGAAGAAGCAAAUGUCUUCUGAAAUUAGUUCAAAUAUUAGGCUGUAUUGUCAGCCUUGUGAGCACCAAGCUUAAUCCUUUGCUUCAUUGCGAUUCUUAAUAGAUGUAUUGCUUCUAAUUUUCCAACAUUUAAAUAUUUUCAGAAAAGUGACAGCCUUGUUUAUAAUUUUGAUGUUCUGUAAUGUCUGUAAAUUGUAUAAAUCACAUUCUUAUAAGUUGAUUAUAUACCUAGAAACAUUUCACACCUCUUAAAGAUUUUGUACUAUUUAAAUACACAUUUUAAAGU